AUGUCGGGCGGAAUUUCUUGCUUGGAGCUUUCAAAAGAUGACGUCAGACUCAUGCUUGCUGCCGGUACUUUUUUAGGCACAUGCAACUGUAAUUUCCAGAUGGCAAAUUACGUAUUCGCGCGAAACAAAAAUGGAAACUACAUAAUUAAGUUGAAUAGGGUCUGGGAGAAAAUUAUUCUCGCAGCUCGGGCCAUUGCUGCUGUAGAAAACCCUGCAGAUGUUAUUGCCGUUGGUCUAAAGCCAAAUACGCAACGAGCAGUCCUUAAGUUUGCCCAAUAUACUGGCUGCACGGCCGUGGCAGGUCGUUUCACGCCAGGAGCUUUCACUAACCAAAUUCAAAGUGGAUUUAAACAGCCUCGACUUCUCGUCGUCAGUGACCCUCUAUCCGAUCACCAACCUAUCAUCGAUGCCAGCUGCGUCAACGUCCCUGUCAUUGCAUUUUGCAACACUGAUUCGCCCCUAAAGCUCGUUGACAUUGCAAUCCCAUGCAAUAACAUAGUGAGUUGGUGGAUGCUGGCCAGAGAAGUCAGGCGUAUCAAGGGUAAGGACUCAAGGUCUCAGCCAUGGGAUAUAAUGGUUGACCUCUUCAUCCACAGAGAAUCGAAUGAGGAGAAGGAUGUCGAGACCAAAACGCCAUAUGAGGAUACACGUACUCAGCAAACGACUGCUCCUGCUGAUACCGAAGGAGUAGAGAACUGGCCUCAUGAGUCCCUCAUGAUCGGAACAGGAGCAGCGGAGCUUGCCAACACCGGUAUGACAACUGGUGGCUACGGUAGGGUUCCUGGGGCAGUUGGUGGGGAUUGGGGUGAUUAUGAGGACAGUCGGCCGUGGUAA